ACUGAUUUUUCCUUGAGCAAAUAACAGCCGGACACGCAUAAUUCCACCACCUUUUGUUUUGAGAACGUGGGGGUAGUGGAGGUAUGUGUGAGAUAGUGGACGUUAUGCUUAUGGUAACUGCUGGCUGUUCCCUCUAUAAAUAGAAGGGACUUUGCUCGAAUCAAAAAUCAAUCCUUUUUAGGAUUCAAGAGUGUCCAUUAAAGGGAGAUCAUCUUAAGAAAAAUAUUUUCAGUUUUCCAAUGCCAAUUAAUUUAUUAUAUUUUUCUUAAGUAAUUAUUUUAAUUCUUAUCCUCUUGAGAAAUGGCCUUGUAAAGGGUAAUUGAGUGUUUUGUUGUAAUUAGACUUAUGGGAAGUCUAAGGGAAUAGAGAAUAGAAUCGAGAGAAGAGAAAGAGAAGGAGAGAAGAGAAGAGAAAGAGAAGAGAAGAGAAGUAGGCCUAAGUAGAGAAGCUUUGAGUAAAGCGUUUAGAGAAUUGAGAAGCUUCAAGUGAAGCAAAACAUUGUUAUGUGUAAUUGUAAUUGAUUGCCUUAACAUAGUGAGAAUUUUGAAAUCCCGGGGGGUCGUGGUUUUUUCCUUCUUAUUAGGCCAAGAAGGUUUCCACGUAAAAAUCCUUGUCUCCUUUUAUUAUUUUUCUUUUCGUUUUUAAGUUUAAGUUUUUGUCCUUUACUUAAUAUAAUUCCGCAAAAAUUAGAGGCAAAAAUCUUAAACCUACUACACAACAAUUCACCCCCCUCUUGUUGCAUUCGAUCAUCUAUUAGCAUUCCUACAGUUUGCAACGAUAAACGUCACUCGGAAAUCUUGAUAUAGAUUGAAGGCGACUACAAGCUUUCCUAUUAUGAUAUUUGCCCCACAAAGGUACUUGGGUUAUGAGAAUGGAAAUUCACAAUGAGAUACAAUUAGUCACAUCAACCGAUCAGUACGAACCGAUUAAAUUAAAUGAUUAUGUAUUUAUGUAGAGAUUAAAACCAGAAAAACAAUAAAAGAGUUAAUUACUCUCUUCUAUGUUUCAAGAGAUUGAGAGAAAGAUUAAGUAGAAAUUCUAUUCCAAAAUGUAAAUAAUUUCCAUGCACUCACACUUAUUUAUAGAGUUGAAAUGACAUAUGGAUUCAUCCAAAACAUACAUCAAUAAUAACUGAUGAUUAUCAAUUAACUAUGACGUAAAAUAUUUGUUCAUAACAACACAAUCCUCCAUGAACAAAUGCAUUGUUCUGAAGUGCUCGAACGAGAAUAAUAUGUGCUCGAACGAUCAUAAGCCAAAUCAACUUCCAGAAACUUUCUGACGCGAAAUUUCUAAGUGCUCGAACGAGCAAAUGCCAAAAAAUCAAGCAAAAGGUUUUCGAACAAACUGCAUGACGAAUGAGCAAGUGCUUGAACGAGCACCAUCAUGCUCAAACGAGCAGACCAACCAACCGAGCACAUGUUUUUGGUUCCGUUGUUACGUUAUUGCUUAGUGUAUGCCUUAGUAUAUAUCUUAAACCUUUGAAUAUAGUCUUACAUGCUCUAAAUCUCAACAUGUACAAGAAGGAAGGACAGAAAUUUGAGCAUGUAAAAUUGGUCAUGAAAUUUCAAUUUCUAUAACAUGCUGCUGUCUUACUUCUUUCAUCAUCAAUUUACCAUACUUUCAAUUCCUACCAUAUAAGUCCAUGUCGGUUAAACUUGGGAGCUUAUAUUGCACACAAAUAUUUUACGUGUCCAAGUGUUAAAUUUGACUAAUUAAUGCAAACUACUUACAAGCACUAAAAACACACAAAUUCUAUAAUGCUAUGGUGGGGAAUGAUGAUUUAUUUCUAAAAUAUGGAUUUGACUCUUUUUUAGUGUUUGACAAAUAAAGGAUAUUUAAAUUUGGAUUCGAGGCAAAUCCACUAUGGUUAUAAAAGUGGUUAGAAAUGAGAAUUUUAUGUCAUUCUAAAAUUCUUCAUUAAUAAAUUCAUAAUUAAAAUCUUCAAUUUGAAAUAACAUACAUAUUCCCAAACGAAAUCUAAAUUUGAUUCAAAUUAAAGUAUCUAAAUAUUUGUCCUAAUGUCAAAACUCCCACAAGAAUGUGAGGUAAAAUGAAAAUUACGACUAAAAUGUGUGAGUUGUUUCAUCUACCAAUAAAUUAAGUCACAUAAUUUCCAUUGAUGACUAUAAUUUAUUCAUAAUAAUACCAUGUGAAUGAAGUAACAAACAUGUAUUAAUUCAAAGAUCGUUCAAAUACUAUAAUUCCAUGCAAUUAUUUUCAAAGAUUGAAUUAGAUUAAACAAAGCUUUUACAACAUUAAGAAUUAAGAAUAGCGUGCUUGGUGUCUAAUGUAUGGAUUAAUCUCUAUUUAAUUAUAAUUAUGUGGGAAGGCAAUCCUUUUUGCAACUACGAAGAAACAUAGCCCUUUCAAUAUUUAUUCUAGUUUUAAGUCUGAAGAAGAAUGUGAAAGUUGAUUCAUCUUAAACAAAGUGGAAACAUAAUCAGCAGAAUUUAUUUCCUUCUUUAUCAAAAAAAAAAUUCCAUUAAUAAAUUAAAAAGAUACUAUAGUCGGAUUAUUUUUAUAUAAUUCACACCAUUUUGGCAUGACACAACUAUUCAAAAAGUAUCAUUUGAUAGCAAAAUACCAUUAUUGUCCCUAAAUAAUAAAAAAAAAGUGUAAAAGUAAAUAAAAUAUAGCGUAAGAAUAUAAUAGUAGUAAAUAUAAUAAUGUAGCAAGUAUUAUGAAAAGAUAAAAAAAGGAAAAUGUAGUAAAUAUUAUGGAACGGAGGAAGUGUAUACCUAAUGCUCCACACACCUGGUGGGUCAAUUGUAAAAGACCUUUUAUGACCACUAACAAGACUAAAGUUGUGUACAUCCAUCCUCAAACACCACGUAGGUGGAGCCACUAAUAGCAUCAACGUAAUAGAAUGUUGAUAGAGAAUUAAAGAUACUAAAAUUGGAUUUUUUUUUUUAAUUGACUUAAUAAAUCAUGUGCAUGUUAUUAUAUAUGCAUACUUAAAGUAGCAUAUUAUGGUCAAUGAAAAAUACUAUUUUUUGAUAAUUAGCAAGACUAAAGUUGGGUGCAUCUGAUCCUUCAAUUUUGAUACGAAAUUAAAGAUAAUAAAAUUAGACUUUUUUUUUUAAUUGACUUAAUAAACAUGUGCAUGUUAUUAUAUAUCUAUACUUAAAAGUAGCAUAUGAUGGUUAGUCGAAAAGAAUAUUUUUUGAUCAUUAGCAAGACUAAAGUUGCGUACACCCGACCCUUCAAUUUUGCCUACAAUGUUGGAUAGAGAGCUAAAGUUGCUUCACAAUAUGAGCAAGGAGAAUGUUUGUUGUAUUUUUAUAAUGUAAAGCAACUAUUCUCAGUCGUCCUUUUAAUGCAACAAAGUUUAAAGGGCAGAAAACACCAAGUUGAGGGAUCAGAAAAAGAAAAAACAACAAAGUUUUACAAAAAUGACCAAACAAGCAUAUGAAUUCUGUUUUUGUUACCGGAGAAUGUUUAAGCUAAAAAUGGCAGAACCUCCAGAAGAUGUUGUGAAUAUAUUCAACAAGUACUCUGAUAAUGGACUUAUGUCCAUUGAAAGGCUUCAUCAUUUUUUGGUAGAUUUUCAAGGAGAAGAAAAGGCUACAUAUGAUCAUGCUCAAAACAUUUUCAACAGUCUUAAACAUCUUCAUGUUUUUCAGAGGAAGGGUCUUCACCUUGAUGAUUUCUUUAAAUAUCUUUUUGGGGAUCUUAAUCCUCCUCUUGCACCUCUUGGGGUGCACCAUGACAUGACAGCACCAUUGGCUCACUAUUUUCUGUACACAGGCCACAAUUCCUACUUAACCGGGAAUCAGCUCAGCAGCACAAGCAGCAUUGUGCCCAUCAUUAAGGCCUUAAGAAGCGGAGUCAGGGUGAUCGAGCUAGAUUUAUGGCCCAACUCCAAAAAGAAUGAUGUCGAAGUUUACCAUGGAGGGACAAUGACUCCUCCGGUGAAACUUAUAAAGUGUUUGGAGGCGAUCAAGGAAAACGCAUUUUAUGCUUCAGAGUACCCUGUCAUUAUCACAUUUGAAGAUCAUUUAGACUCUUUUCUUCAGGCUAAAGUUGCUCAGAUGGUUACUACAACAUUUGGAAAUAUGCUAUUUCCAGGCAUGGAUUUUUUAGAAUUUCCUUCACCAGAAUCUUUGAAAAGAAGGAUUCUUAUAUCAACUAAACAACCAAAAGAAUCCCGAGACAGUCUUAAGGAAGAAGAACCCAAUGAACAAAAGCUGAAAGAAUCUACUGAUAGUUCAGUGCAUACUUUAGGAGAUAAAGGCAGAUCGCAAAUCACGCAAAGUGGGAUGGAGGAAGAGGAUGAGGAAGAGGAAGAAACAUUAAUUCCUGAAUAUAAGAAUUUGAUUUGCAUUCAUGCUGUGAAGGGGAGAGGUGGUUUGGAAAACUUACUUAAGGGAGACUCCAAGAGAGUUGCCCGCUUGAGUUUAAAAGAGCAGAAGCUCGAAAAUGUUGUUAGGACUCGUUCAACUGAUAUCAUUCGAUUUACUCAGAAGAACCUAUUAAGAGUAUAUCCAAAGGGUACUCGAAUUCUAUCUUCAAAUUACGAUCCUUUCAUUGGGUGGACUCAUGGAGCUCAAAUGGUUGCACUAAAUAUGCAGGGAUAUGGAAAGUACCUAUGGAUUAUGCAAGGAAUGUUCAGAGCAAAUGGUGGGUGUGGCUAUGUUAAAAAGCCGGAUUUCCUUUUAAACAUUGGUUCAAAUAAUGAGGUUUCCGACCCCAGCAUCAGAAGGCAAGUCAAGAAAACUUUGAAGGUAAUGAUAUACAUGGGGGAAGGAUGGCAUUUGGAAUUCAAUCAGACUCAUUUCAACCAAUAUUCACCCCCAGAUUUCUUCACUAAGCUUCAAGUACUGGGAGUCCCAACUGACAAAAGGAAGGUGAAAACAGUGCCUAUUGAAGAUCAAUGGAUCCCUUUGUGGAACGAAGAGUUCGAGUUCCCAUUAACAGUUCCUGAACUAGCUGUCUUAAGGAUCGAAGUUCGUGAUUAUAACAUGAGUCAGAGGCAUGAUUUUGGAGGCCAAACUUGCUUGCCUGUGUCAGAGCUUCAGAGCGGCAUUCGAGCUGUUCCGUUGUACAAUAAGAAGGGAGAAAGAUAUAAGUUUGUAAAACUUUUGAUGAGGUUUCAGUUUGUAGAAGCUAACUUACUGUGAUCUAGUGUACUGUACUAGAUGAGAUAGGGAUCAGUGAUCACAAAUCACAGAUCAUUCUGUGUAUCAAAAAUUUUACUUGAGUUACUAAGGUGUGCAAUGGGCUGGGGUCCAUUGGGCCUCUAGGCUCGACCCUUUAUUAAACGGGCUUUUAACGGGUAGGGUCUUAAGUGGGCUGGACUUUUAAACGGUCAACUUUUAUAAUAUAUGAAGCGGGCUAAAAAUAGAUUUUUGUCGUGUUAUUUUUGGUUUGUUUGGUUCUGAAUCAUAUUCGUAUUUUUUGUGAAUCAUUUUCCUUCAAGAAUAGUUUAUG